GUGCGGAAUCUGUCGUCUAUUGGAGAAGGGAUUCCUUUACCAAUAGGUGCUCGUCCUAAUCAGGAAUAGCGUACUGAUGCAGCCCCAAUUUUAGCCAGCUGAAGCGCCUUGCUGGAUUGUCGGGCUACUCAACAUUCCCCCGUUCGUCUGCCUUGAACAUGCUCGCACGCUUUUUGGUUACUCCGCGUUUUCAAGCUUUUUUGGAAAAUCCUUGACAUAUAUAAUCAGAAGCAGGAGAAAAAUGCCUUAUACGCUCCCGCCCGAUGUCGAAUGGGUGCAAUCCUACAAAGCAGUGCCUCAGGCGACAGGCUUCCUAGACCUGCCCCGUGAACUCAGAGAUUUAAUCUACCAAUAUGCCUUUGGAAUCGAAGGAGCCAUUUUCAUCUACUCCACCGACGCCUACCACGUCCGGCGCAAUGCCAAAGCCGUCAUAGUCCGGCACAAAGGCCUUGGACCCCAAUCUCCCCUCGCCAUCAGCAAAUCCGUUCCCAUCUCAUUAUUUCGAACUUGCAAACAGCUCCAUGCCGAGAGUCUCCCCUUCCUCUACUCCAGGAACUUGUUCAGACUGUACGCCAGUAACACCGACUUUGCACCGCGGUAUCGCGGCUAUGUGCGAAAUGUCGUGUUUAGCACAGACAGCAUGAUCCACAAACAGGUCUUUGACCGCAACGUCGAGACCGUGGGGUAUGCCUGGCGUAGACGCUUCUGGCCCGACGUCCUUCAAAAGAGCAAAAGACUCCUGACCACCUAUCCGAACCUGCAGACGCUAACCUUCGCAAUCAAAUCUUCCAAGCCCGGAGAGACGUGGCGGCCUGCCUUCAUGGCCGCCGAGAAUCGCACCAGGAAGCAGAGAGUUGCGGUUGCGGCCGCGUGGAUGAGGCCGUGGUGUCCGUUUGCGAACGACCUGGAGGAGGAGAAGUUGAGAAGGUGUUUGCUGUUGGAGAUUGUGCCGGGCAGUCCUGGGCCGGGCUCUCGGGGGGAGGGGAAGGACGAGGAGGAGGAUGAGUAUCGCGGGUCGAGAUUUGAGCCGGAGGAGGAGUGGGAUUGUGGCGAGUUUGCCGAGGCGUGGAAGCUCUGUGUUGGGUGGGAUGAGAUGCAUGGGAAGGGGAAGGGGAAGGAGAUGGAGGCGCGGGUGAGGGUUGUCGAGGCUGCGAAUCCAUAGAGGUGAAGGAGCGUGUUGUCUCCGUUUUGGCGCGGUCAAGGUGACUAGGGCUGAAUCCGGAGCAUUCACGACUCUAAGCGUGUUGGAAUGGAUCGACCAAGUUACACCAGGACGCUUUCACUUCCCCCUUCGCACUUGCCAACUUCCAUGAGUGUCAAGCUUCCGAAAGAGCAGUCUCCG